AUGGCGCCAGGAAAAAAUAUUCCGCUGCCCGGAACACCACAUCCAGUAAACAUCGAGCACUGGUUCCAGUGGUCCGGAUGCUCGGACAACAUCGCCUACGGAGUGGCCUUCUCGCAGAGCUUCGUGGACGCGAGGGAGCGCGGCAAGGGAGGGUCCCCAGCGCGCACGCUCAUGAACCUCCACAACAACGAGGCCGGCCGCAAGGCUGUCGUCUCCCACAUGCGUGUCGAGUGCAAGUGCCACGGCGUGUCAGGCUCGUGUGAGGUCCGCACCUGCUGGAGGGCCCUGCCUCCGUUCCGCAAGAUCGGCUCCGUGCUCAAGGAGAAGUUCGACGGAGCCACGGAGGUGGAACUGCGCAAGAUCGGCACGCGGCGGCAGCUGGUUCCGCGCAACGCGCAGUUCAAGCCGCACACGGACGAGGACCUGGUGUACGUGGCGCCGAGUCCGGACUUCUGCGACGCCGACCCCAAGGCGGGCGUGGCGGGCACGGCGGGCCGCGAGUGCAACCGCACCUCGCGCGCCCUCGACGGCUGCGAGCUCAUGUGCUGCGGCCGCGGCUUCCACACGACGCGCGCCGAGCUGGUGGAGCGCUGCUACUGCAAGUUCCACUGGUGCUGCUUCGUCAAGUGCAGGCAGUGCCGCAAGCACGUGGAGAUGCACACGUGCCGGUGAUGGCGAUGGCGGCGG